GCAAGCCUAGUCUUUUCCUGUUGCACCACCCCUCGCAUCCAGAACGAUAGGCAAAAGUGCGCAAUGGGUGCCUCAUCGUCGAAACCCGUGAGGUCAGCCGCUCAGGCUGCCUCGCGACGUCAGUAUCCGAAGCAACCUUCUCCUACGACCUCCGCUCCCUCCUCCGCUCCAACGCCGCCACCGAAGACUCACAGGGCACCGGAGACGAGUCAUGCUGGACCGACGUAUCACUCCAAGGAACAGCCAUCUUUGGUGAAAUCCAACGCCAUCGAUAUGGACGGCCGUGAUCCUGAUUUCGCCGCCUCCCUCCGCAGCAUCGGACCCGUCAAUCCUGUCCCGACAUACUCCCCCACCAGCACAUUCUCCCCGCAGCCCUCCCAACAGCGCGGACCGGCGCAGCCCGCAAUCACCCCGGCAUCGAAUCCAGCUCUAUUGGUGUACCACGCCCGUGAACAGAUCAACAAGAUCGCCAAGUACGAAGUUGAGAAUAUCGGCCGGCCGAGCUUUGCGGGACGGCAGUUCCUGGAUGCGGUGACGAUCCGACAGGCGCUGUCGAUGCGCGAUCGGCAGGGUAUCCGACCGGGGGAGAUUGAAAGGAUUUUACGGCUGAAGAAGGGUGUUGUGGAUCGACUGGGGAAGCAGGGAGUUGUCGCGGAGCUCUUGUAAAACAGCCGACCGACCGGUUGAUUGGGUUGGCUGCAUUGUGCAUUUUUGGACUUUUCCAUGGCGUUAUCCUUCUCACUUAUAUGACCAUCUCCUGUAUAAUAUUUGUAUAUGAAGCUAUGAAGUUAACUCGACGUUGAUUGCGUAUGGGUGUAU